AUGGAAAAUUUAGAUGAACUCGAUGUACUCAAUGAGUUAAUUCAGAAAACAAAACAAAGACAGGACGCUCAAAUGUCACUUAAUAAAUGGGAAGAUAAUUCUCGAAUCAAUCGUCGUCUCAAAGAUCUAAAAGUAAUCUUUGAAUUCAAUGGUAAUUAUCAAUCAUCGAAUCAUCCAUUCAAUGUGACACCAACCGGUUUACAACAGAUUAUAGACCGACAAAAGAUAAAAUCCUACUUCGAUUUAGGAUGUGGAGAUGGAACUAUUACAGCUGGCAUCGGAACUUAUUUAGGUUUGACUAAAGAAAAUAUUUUCGGAGGCGAUGUAUUCGAAGGACAAAACAAUGUAAUUACAUUUGUUAAACUCAAUGAAAAUCAAUCGAUUAUCAAUCUUCCUUCUAAUCAUGUUGAUCUCAUUACUUCUUUUGUUACAUUUCAUCAUAUAGCUCAACUUGAAAAGACACUUACUGAACUUGUUCGUAUUCUUCGAACUGGAGGUUAUCUUAUUUUACGUGAACAUGAUUGCAAAAAUGAAUAUUCAUUAUCAGCUAAAUAUCUUAAUUUUGUUCAUGCUAUUAUGAUGAUUGCACGAGUUGGAGAAUUUGCUGAUUCUCCAAAUAAUUAUAACAGUAAAAAUCAACAUGUAUUAGAUGACUAUGAAAAUACUACAGAUAAUUGGACACAACAAAAGUCACGUAUUAUUGAAUAUAUAAAAUCAAUUCAUUAUCGAACAUGUGAUGAAUGGCAACAGCAACUUAAAAAUUUUGGUUUUCAUCUUUGUGCUACAUUGUAUUAUGGUGGUGAUGGUUCUAGUAAUCCUCAGAAACUAUUUUAUGCUGUUUAUCAAUUGGAUAAAAAAUAA